AUGGAUGUAGUAGCUGGUACUGAAUCCUCAUCUAUACUUCAGGACAGUGGUCUCAUAUCAGCCAACGUUGGAGACGCAGUGAUUGUGCACUGCUUCUAUAAAGGCCACAUGGACAUGCAUUUUUCCUGGUACAAGCAACCCUUGGGAGAUAAGCUUCAACUCUUCUCAACUGUCUAUAAGUUUGACAGGAACGCAACAUUUUACCAUGAGUUUAAGGAUAACCCUCGAUUCUCAGUGGAAAAUGGCCAAGAAAAGAAUCACCUAAGGAUCUCAGACAUGCAGCUCUCUGAUUCAGGCACAUACUUCUGUGGAAGCGCUUAUGGGAACAAGGUGGAGUUCGGAGAAGGAGCCAUUCUCAUAGUAAAAGGUUCAGGGUCCAGAAACAUGACUGUGCUCCAGCAGCCUGUGUCUGAGUCAGUCCAGCCAGGAGACUCUGUGUCUCUGAACUGUACAAUACACACUGAGACCUGUGUAGGAGAACACAGUGUCUAUUGGUUCAGACAUAGCUCAGGAGAAUCCCGUCCAGGAAUCAUUUACACCCAUGUAGACAGGAGUGAUCAGUGUGAGAAGAGCUCUGAGGCUGGGUCUCCUACACAGAGUUGUGUCUACAACCUCCCCAAGAGGAACCUCAGCCUCUCUGAUGCUGGGACUUACUACUGUGCUGUGGCCUCAUGUGGGGAGAUACUGUUUGGGAAUGGGACCAAGCUGAACAUUCAAGUUCCAGAACAUGAUUCUCCAUUUAAUCUGAGUCCUACUGUUCUGGCCUUGGUCGUCUCCAAUAUCGUUCUGGGGACAGUGACCCUUCUACUUGUCUGGGGGCUGUGCAAGACUCUAAACAGAGAUAGCAGAGGGAGGACAGAUGUCCCAACGUCCCAGGGCAAUCAGAAUCAAGAAAGUGACGUGUUGAACUAUGCAGCUGUCAGUUUCACCCCCAAGAAGAAGUCCUCCUCCUCUAGAAGAGCAAGAGAGAAGACCAGUAGAGAGGAUGCAGUGUACUCUGAUGUCAGAUACCUUCAGCAGCAGUGAAAUAUGUCACCAC